AUCGGUAUGGUGGAGUUUCCCGCUUGCUCCUACUAUACUCUUGACGUCAUCGCGUGAUCCACACGAUGACAUGUGCGUUCCAGCUCGUUAUUUGCGUUCCAUUACAGAGGGGGAACUAUUAGUCCAAGUCACAUCAAGUUCAUCAAGUUCCAGGCACACAGAAGGAGAAAAAAAUGCUGAUCUACAGCUCCUGAAAACG